CUCAUUGUCAUCAUUUUCUGCUUUUAACUUCCAAGCUUCUGGGUAUGGACAUGUCUUCUUCUUCAAGAAGCUCUGCUACGACCUCCCACGGCGCUUCGUCUUCUCCUUACAGAGGCGUUCGCAAGAGGAAGUGGGGUAAAUGGGUGUCCGAAAUCAGAGAGCCAGGCACCAAGACUAGAAUUUGGCUAGGCAGCUUCGAGACGCCGGAGAUGGCGGCGACAGCCUACGACGUUGCUGCCCUGCACUUCCGAGGCCGAGACGCUAGGCUCAACUUCCCGGAACUCGCCAUGAGCCUUCCCCGUCCGGCCACCAACAAUGCCGACGACAUUCGCAUGGCGGCUCACGAAGCUGCCUUGAGGCUGAGGACCAAUCAAGCAGCAGCAGAAGGGGACGUCGACGCAGCUGCCGGUGCCGUCGGUGUCGAUGCCGAGGUGGCCCCAGUCACCGUGAGGCUGUCGCCGACGCAGAUUCAAGCAAUCAACGAGUCUCCGUUGGAUUCACCGAGGAUGUGGAUGCAAAUGUCGGAGACACCGAUGUUGGAUGAACAAUACCCGAUGAUGUUUGAAGAGAAUAAUGAUGAGAUAUGGGAGAAUAUGAAGAGUGAUUGUCUUUGGGAUCCUUAAGGUUAAGGUCAUAGGUAAUUCGAUCAUUAUUAUUAAAACGUUUUAUUAAUUAUAGAAUAUAUGAUAUGGCUUAUAACAUUAAGUAUCAGUAACUGAUUAAUUAAAUAGUUAGUUAAUUAAUUAUUGUUUACUUUUUAAUUAUUGUUUAAGUCAUGCGUGAGGAGGGAAAAAGAAAAAGCAGCAGUCAGAUUACGAUACAGUACCGAUCAGCUUUUGUUUAUACUUUAGAAAUUAAAUAGUAUUUCUUAAGAGAUUGAACCUUUUCCUAAUUAAAUAAAUCAUUUUUAAAUUGCACUGUUCAUAAGAAUAUAUAUAUUUUUUAGAUUUGUACAAUGUCAAAAGGGCCUGUCUACUGUAAUACAGGUCAUUUUUUCUAUGCAUUGUAUAAAUCUAAGAAAUAAUUUAUAUCGUUGAUAAGCUUAUGAGCAAUGCACUUUGUUUAAAUUUUUACAAUAUUUUCAGUUGAAAUUAAUUAAAAAAAUUAAUACAUCACUACAGUGUAGAAGUAUAUGUGGGAAUUCGUUGGCAUGCCGCUAAUGAAUGGAAAAGUUACUAUUUAAUGAAACAGUA